AUGACAUUUCUCACGGUUGUUUCAUCACGAGACCUUCAGUCUCGAAUGGCCGCCAUCUUUGCCAGGUGUUGUUAUGUAUACGUGUUUACGUUUUGUCUUUUAGCGGCUAACAAGUUCGUUACCUUCGUAGAAUGUGAGGGGCGCCUGACCGGUAUAAGUCCCGUCGAUAGUUCAGGUGCGAUCAAGGAUGGUGCUGUUGAAAUAAAAGCCGGAACUUCGACGUUGUUGAGGUUCUAUGGUGUUGAGAUUUCGCGGGAUUCACGCAUUGCGUUUACUUCCACCGCGGGAAAAUUUAACUCUGUUUGCGAUGGUGAUCGCACAUCUCCUGUAUAUUUCAAGCAAAAUGACUUUCAGGACUACAAAGCAGAAGGUGAAGUAAUCUUGCCAGCUGGAGGACCUUAUUACGUCUGUCUAGAGGCAGGGAAUCGAAGUCAAAUAUGGAGACACCAAGGCGAUACAGACAAGCUGCUUCAGAUUUAUACUACUACCAGUACAACAUUACCUACAUGGUUGCAAAUAGUAUUCAUCGUGAUUCUAAUGUGCUUAUCAGGCUUGUUUUCAGGGCUCAACCUCGGCUUAAUGGCACUAGAUCCAACCGAGCUUAAAAUUGUUAUGAACUGUGGCAAUACAAGCGAGCAAGGUUACGCCAAAGUCAUCGAACCGAUUCGAAGACACGGUAAUUAUCUCUUAUGUACGCUGCUUCUUGGCAAUGUUUUAGUGAAUACUUCGUUUACAGUUCUCUUAGACGGCAUAAUUGGUGAUGGAAUCGCUGCGGUGCUUGGUUCCACGGCUGGUAUUGUAAUAUUUGGUGAGAUAAUUCCCCAGAGCCUUUGUUCAAGACAUGGUUUGGCUGUUGGGGCUAGGACCAUCUGGAUCACGAGAUUUUUCAUGCUAGUGACGUUUCCUAUCUCCUUUCCAAUAAGCAGGAUCUUGGAUUGGAUACUAGGGGACGAGAUUGGUACAGUGUAUAAUAGGAAACAACUCCAGGAGAUGCUGAAAGUCACUGCAGAGUUUAAUGACUUGGAAGGUGAUGAAAUGAAUAUCAUUUCAGGGGUGCUCAACUACAAAAGUAAAACUGUGGAAGAGGUGAUGACGAAGCUGGAAGAUUGUUACCUGCUGGACUUGUCAUCGGUCCUUGAUUUUAGAACUAUUGCAAGUAUUAUGCAAUCAGGACAUAGUAGGAUUCCGGUCUAUGAUGGUGAAAGACAUAACAUUGUGGGUUUGCUUCUUGUAAAGGAUUUGGCUUUCAUUGAUACAGAUGACUGCACUCCCUUGAGGACAGUUAUAAAAUUUUACAAUCAUCAGGUGCAGCGAGUUUAUGAUGAUGUUCAUUUGGAUGCAAUGUUAGAAGACUUUAAAAAGGGGCAUUCACAUUUAGCAGUGGUGCAGCGCGUUAACAGUGAGGGAAGUGGCGACCCUUUCUAUGAAGCUAUUGGCAUUGUUACUUUGGAGGACAUCCUAGAAGAAAUAAUCCAGUCUGAAAUAGUCGAUGAGACUGACAUCUAUUGUAAGUAUAGUCUGGAAUUAUCAUCAUCAUGAAAGUAAUAGUUAUAUGAACAACAUCAGUAUUUUAGUUUUGGAUAGUGUGUGUGUGUUUCAUAGUGAUGUGACAAAACCAUAGUCUAUAGGAUGCAUCUUAAGACUGACUGAAAGUGUAAAUUAGAAAAAAAGUGAGGAUGGUACAUGGUCUAUUUUACCUCUAUUCUACUAUCAUGCUGAAGUGAAAUGAGUUGCAAAAAGUCCUUUACACUGUAUGUGAGGGAAUAUCCUUAUAUUAAAUGCUGCAUUCUUUUGUGCUGCUGUAUAUUGUGACUUCUUUCACUCCAGUUUAACUUUGUUGAUGAAUAGAGGUUAAAAAGUGUCAUCUUUUUUUAUCUACACUUUUCUUAGUAACCAUUUUUCUUAAAUCAGUUUUUCUUUAAUCUAUUCAAAAAGAACACCAGAUAUGCACAUCAUCUAUUUUGUUAAAAUAAAAUGUUGAAAAUUUGCCUGUGCAAAUACCUUAAUGUGGUUACAAAGAUGCAGUGCAUUUUUAGAGUUUGUCUGCUUAAAUGCUUUUUACUCUCAGCACAUGAAGUCUGUGGAAAACCACAUUGUGCCUUAUUUUAAAUAAUUCAGUAACUGGAGGUCCUGUGUGCUUCUUGAGAUGAAUAAUAGAUAUUAGAAAAUGGAAGGAGAUAGAGAGAUAUUAAUUUACAAACACCGUUAAGUGGCCUUGAAUGACGUGCUACUAUUGUUUUCAUACAGAAGCACAAUCUUGUUCAGUUUUCUGGCAUACAGUACACUUCUUUUGUAUCUGUUUAGGUUUUUAAUAUAUAUUGUCAGUUGGCUUGUGACAUCCACUUUGUUGUUUGUGCUGCAUACUUUUAUGACAUCUUUAAGAUUUUACAUAGAGUCAUGUAGGUAAAACAAGUUCAUGGAUUUCUUCAAUAUUAUAAUGUAUGGUAUAAUAUCACAACAGAAUGCUUUUUAUUUAUCAUCUUCCCAAAUGCUACCCCCUCAUACAGAUUUUAAAUUUAAAAAUUUAUGUAAAAUUUCAUUCACUGGAACAGCUUAAUGUUUCCAGUAUUUUCUGUUCUAUUAUUCUGAUAUUUUGUCUCUUUAGAAGUUACAAUGUUGAAGUAAAGGCAACACCUGCUUUUUCAUGUCAACUGUAAAAUUAUUUAGUUUUCUUAGAUGAAGUAGUGAUGUUUUGAGGGGCCAUUAUUAUUAAUAACUUCAUAUUUGAGUGGGCACACAGUCCAAUUCCAUUACUGUCAACAAAUAAUUUAUUGUUUUAUUACCCUACAAGCACUUACUAUUGAUAUUACAGGAAGUACAUGUCUUAUUACACACAUUAUACUCAAGUUGCUGCUUAAGCUAUUAAUUUAUUGUGCGGUUAUAUACGUAUUUAUUAAUUCUUUUGAUUGAAAAGGUUUAAAUAAUAUUGUUUUUGAAAGGCGUCCAUACCAAGUUACAUUACUAAAUGAUAAUUCAAAGAUAAAGCUGUUUUCCUUUCUUGUUGUUUCAUAGCUGAUGUCAAGCUUUAUGCAAAACAAACUUUGCUUCUAGUUAUAAAUGUGGUGUAAGCAAAAAUGUUGUAUCCUGAAAUUGGUUUUUCUUCUGUUCUGUGGUUAUUUCAUGUUCUCAGAAAGAACUGUGGCUUUCCUUGUCAGUGUGAUAGAAGCAGUUGCAGGGCUCAAAAUGAUGGCCAGAAAACAGACAAUGUCCAGCCAAGAUGACCAAAUGUUUAGUUGACCGGUCAUUUUGGCUGGUCAAGUGCACGGCUUUAAAAUACAUGUAAAUAAUUGGGAAAAAAUAUAUUCACGUCAUAUCUGUAAAUCACAAAAACAGUUAAAUGGUGAGGUAUUUGAGCUGCUUUUAGUUAUGAAUUCAGAGAAUCCAGAUGAGACGCCAUCUGACAGUUUAGUUCUGCAGCUUUUUGAACGCCAAUUAACGGUUUAUAAUUGCCUGUUUUCAGCAUUUUGACCGGUCAGAAAGGAGCCAUGACUGAACUCAAACUUGUUUGGCCAGUCAUCAUGUCCAGCCAUUGAUCAAAAAUUAUUUUGGGCUUUGAGUUGUAAAAUGCUUAGAAUACCAUGUACAUUUUCCUUGCAGUGGACAACAAGUCAGGAAAAGUUAUACCAGGCCGCAAGACAUUAAUGAGGGAACUGUCAUUGUUCUCUGAAGAGGAAGACAAGCCAAAAGUCUCACCUCAGCUGCAGCUUGCAAUAUUGCAGUAUCUUAACACAGGUGAGCAGACUCAUCUGCAGUUGUACAGCUACCUCUUUUACAUGUUGAUUAUAAAAAACCGUGUGGCAAAAAUUGUUCCCACUUAUACCUUUUCUGGUGUACUCUGACGCUUUCACCUUGAUUGAUGUCGUCUACCCUAACAAGGAUCAAGGAGUAUACAAUAUCCAGGGUUUUGCGUGAAUACUUGAGAUGUUCCCUGAAUUGGACUCCAAAACGUCCUGCUGUCUCCCUGAUGUAAAACUCAUCACAACCCUCACAUUUUUGUCUCCCCACUAAAACAUGACCAUGUUCAGUUUACAAUGUGUAGUUCCAGAAAGGAUCCAUACUCCUCCACAGAAGGGAUUGGAAAUUCCUGGGGGUUGGGGGGUUCUCAAAGGCCCAAAAAUUUAAGCAAAUGUAUGAAGCCUGACUGAAAUUUCCAGAGAGGUGGGGGAAUCUAAGGAAAAAUCCCUUCCAUGGGGGAGGUAUGGAUAAUUUUUGGAACCACACAAUGUAUUUGAUGUCAGCGAUGUUCAUCAUCUAAAAAUCUUCUUUCUAUUCCGCAUUUUAAUUUGAGAACAUACGGUGCAAGAUAUUUCUCCGUGGCCGCCCCCACCCUCUAGAAUACUCUGCCAUCUGACAUUAAGAACAGCUCCUCCUCUUUUUGUAACUUUUUAGCCAUAUUUAUUUUAGUCUUAAGAUUUAAAGCUUUUUCAUAACUUUUUUUACUGUUUUAUUGCUCUUGUUAAACGCUUUUGAACUUCAAGGAUACUGGCACUAUAUAAACAUUUUGCUCUUCUUCUUCUUCUUAUUUUUCUUUAAUAAAAUAAUAAAACAAAAUAUUUAUAGCCUGCAUGGCAGGUGUUAAAAGGGGAAGGGGGAAUUUGGUCUGGCGCCCUAAUUCCCUUUCCCUUCCCUUUCAUAUGCCUGCCACGCAGGCUAAAUAUUUAGGACACGACUUCCAGUGAACAAUUGAAAUAAUCACCUUCCCUUCAAUAAUCCCCCCCUUUUUCGAGGAAAUACGAUACCUACAGUGAAAUCAUUCAACCUAAUGUCUUUUUAACAGCCUUUGAUGCAUUCAGCGAGGAUGUCAUCUCGCUCAAUGUCCUCAAACGUUUAAUAAACCAACCGCGUGUUAUCCUUGAACUCAAGCUCCAAGAUGCUGAUGACAAUGGAAGUCAAAAGUACCUGUACAGGAACGGUGUGGCCACAGACUUCUUCACCUUAAUCAUUCAGGGCAAAGUUGAAGUCACAGUUGGUCAAGAGCAGUUGACGUUUGAGGAGGGGCCUUUUACAAGCUUUGGUACUAACGCAUUAGUGGCAUCACUCGGUGGAUCCAGUUUCAACUUGAAAGGAAAUCUCCAGUAUAUCCCUGACUACACAGUGCGUGUAGUCACCGACAUCAUGUAUCUAAAAAUUCCCAGAAGUCUGUACAAGCAAGCAGUGCGUGCUACCUUGCUUGAACGUGAGCAGGAAGGUAAGAGCACUGAUGGCAUUGUUUCCGAGAUUGGACAGGAACGGGAGUUCCCUGUCGUGACAGCCAAUGGUCCAUCACGUAAAACAGGUGUUUUUCAUGAGACAACUUGUUAGUAUUAAAUUAGGUUCGUUUUGAAUUUGAUAACAAUAAAAAGAACUUGAUAUUUAGGGACGUGCAUUCACAAAAUGAUACAAAGUAGACUGAAUGUUUACAACAUUCAAAAGCAAAUUUGUAUGUUUAUAUUUUUUAAUUUCAUAUAGAGUGAAAUAUUAGUUCUGUUUUGUUUAGUAAAUGUUGCCACAAGGAAGAUGAAUAUUAUCAUUGAACAAGAUGGCCUAAUAAUUAACUGUGUGACAUCUCUAUGUGAUUGAUAAUAUCAUAAUAUUAUUAAUCUGUUGGUGAAGAAUGCGUUACUUGUAAUUUGACAAAAUUCAAUAUUUAAAGUGUACAAUAGAAACUUUUCAAAUCGAGAAAUUAUA